GGAGUGAGUAAUUACUGGCUCCGCAGCCAACAGAGGGAACACACAGAAAAACGCGAUCUCAACAAAUUUGUUGAGAUCUCUUAAAAAGAGUUUAGUGUGGAAUUUAUACAUGUUAAAGUGUGUGAAAGGACUCCAGUGGACUGCUGCCAAACACACUGAAGGAAAUAUCAGGAAGCACCUGAAACCUGUUGGCCUGAGGAUUAACGCGAAAGCAGAUACGAAAGGAAACCGACGCUUAAAAUGUUACUUUCUUACAAAGUAUCUGCGGGAAAUGAACUUUCGACCUUAACACGGUUUACUCGGUGAAUGAUUGACCAUUCAGUCUACGGUUGCGCGUGCUUUUCCACGCCCGUGUUUCAGUGUCUGUGUGAGAAUCAUGGUCUGUUUGAAAUGCACUCACACAGUUGGAAGAAAGAGUGCUCGGGAUCUGGAAUGAAACUUCACUGUGAUUUACAACCUUGUGGACUGUGGACAUGCUGCUGGAGCAAUUAAGGUUUCCUUUUGGGAUUUCUUCUUUCCGAAACGCAGCAAUAAAUUAAAAAAGGAAGGAAGGGGGGAAAACCUGAGCUGAGAAAAUACUCAAGAAUUGAAAUUCAUAGUUUUCCAGUAUGAGAGAACCUGCAGAUAAGCAUCAUUUCACCAUGGAGACUUCUGGGAUGCACCUAGUCGGAUUUUGGCUUCACGUUCUGCUGCUGUUGCAACUGUCUCGGCUCGGCAAUGCUGCCUCUAAGGAUAUAGUGUGUGAGCCAAUCACCGUACCGAUGUGCAAAGGGAUCGGAUACAAUCACACCUACAUGCCCAACCAGUUCAAUCAUGACACCCAGGAUGAAGUCGGCUUGGAAGUGCACCAGUUUUGGCCGCUUGUCCGGAUCCGUUGCUCUCCGGACUUGCUUUUCUUUCUGUGCAGUAUGUACACCCCCAUCUGUCUUCAGGACUACAAAAAACCCCUGCCGCCUUGCAGGUCUGUGUGCGAGAGAGCUAAACGGGGUUGCUCCCCUCUCAUGAUCCAGUAUGGGUUUGAGUGGCCAGAGCGGAUGAGCUGCGAGCAGCUGCCCAUGCUGGGUGACACCGACCGGCUUUGUAUGGACAGGACCAGCAGUGAGACUACGACUCUAUCACCUCCUUUCCCCAAACCCACUCCCAAGGGAACACCACGACAUAGAGCCACUGCAAAAUCUGCUCCGCCGCAGAAGUGUGACCGUGAUUGCCGUUGUCGAGACCCUCUGGUGCCCAUCAAAAAAGAAGUCCAUCCUCUCCAUAACCGAGUGUAUACUGGCUCUUUACCCAACUGUGCUUUGCCCUGCCACCAACCUUAUUUUUCCCCCGAUGAGCGUACCUUCACAACCUUCUGGAUCGGACUGUGGUCGGUGCUGUGCUUCGUCUCGACGUUCACCACCGUGGCCACUUUCCUCAUUGACAUGGAGCGUUUCAAAUACCCAGAGCGGCCGAUUAUCUUCCUUGCUGCUUGUUAUCUGUUCGUGUCGCUGGGGUACAUCGUGCGACUUCUCGCGGGCCAUGAGCGAGUAGCUUGCGAGGGCUCCGGCGACCAACAACACAUCCUCUAUGACACCACGGGUCCAGCCCUUUGCACCCUGGUUUUCCUGCUCAUAUAUUUCUUUGGAAUGGCCAGCUCCAUCUGGUGGGUGGUGCUUUCCUUCACCUGGUUCCUGGCAGCAGGGAUGAAAUGGGGGAAUGAGGCCAUCGCGGGAUACUCUCAGUACUUCCACCUUGCUGCUUGGCUUGUUCCCAGCGUCAAGUCCAUCGCUGUCUUAGCUUUGAGUUCGGUGGAUGGGGACCCUGUGGCUGGGAUCUGUUACGUCGGCAACCAGAGCUUGGAGAGCCUGCGUGGCUUCGUAUUGGCGCCUCUGGUCGUCUACCUCUUCACCGGCUCCCUCUUCCUGCUUGCUGGCUUUGUUUCCCUCUUCCGGAUCCGUAGUGUCAUUAAACAGGGCGGCACCAAGACAGACAAGCUAGAGAAGUUAAUGAUCCGGAUUGGGCUCUUCACCGUCCUGUACACGGUGCCCGCAACUAUUGUGGUAGCAUGUUUGGUGUAUGAGCAACAUUACAGGCCAGCCUGGGAGCGGGCGCUGGCCUGUUCUUGCCCGUCAGAGCGCCAGAGGCUCGGCAUGGGCCCGGAUUAUGCUGUCUUCAUGUUGAAGUACUUCAUGUGUCUUGUAGUAGGCAUUACCUCAGGUGUUUGGAUCUGGUCAGGGAAGACUCUGGAGUCUUGGAGGUGCUUUGUGGCACGGUACAUGCCCUGUAGGACCCGGAAGCCACCUGUAUCAGGGUCGUCCAUGUACAGCGAGGCCAGUGCCGCUCUCACAGCCCGAGCUGGAACGGCACCCACUGGGACCUAUCACAAAUCAGCACCCUCAUCACAUGUCUGAACAUUGGCCAAAAAAACCUGUUCCUUUUAUAAACCCUAUAACAGUGACGCCAGUCGUGACUCUAAACGAGCAGGUGUCUAUCCGACUUCCAGAUUUGAUGGAUGGCAUGAAUACGUUAUGAAGGAUUUUUUUUACAGACUAUUGGUUUUGUUGUAGUCAAGCUCUUUUCGUUCACUGGUCUAAUUUGAAAGCAAUGAACUUGUUGAUACUUUGUGAGGAAAAGAUCAUUUGUCAACUUUUAAUUGUCACAAACAUCUUAGCUGUUGUCUGUGGCUUUUAGAUCACGAAUGAUGGGAAAAAAAGAUUGAGAAGGUUAGUACUUGAUAUGAGUCAAGACAAAUGAGUUUCUGGAAAUAUUUUAUUUAUUUGUGUAUUCUUGUAAAUAUGCUAUUCAAGAAUUGUGAUAUCUCAGCUAACAGCCGCUCUGUUUGUGACUUUGUCAGCAUUAUACAGGAUGUGGGUAUGUUCUGUUCCAUCAUUUUCAAUACCAUCUCUAGUUUUCUAAACUACCAAUGUGUUUUAGGGUAGGAUGUGAAUAGAUGCUUUCCUGUAAGCAACAACACCAUUCCGGCUUAUACUCUGCAAGAGGAGGAAAAAUGCUAGUCUAGUGAAGCAGCAGUUAACUUUAAGUUGUUGCAGGUGGUUCUGCACCAGUUCAUGUUCACUGUAUAUUCUUCAGGGUCCCUCAACAGCCCCUUAGCAGGUUGUUUCAAAGAUUAUCAAGCUAUCUUUCCACUGAUGAUAAAUUGUUGGUUAGCAUCAAUUGGAGAGUCUUAAAUGAUAGGAUGUGUAUGUACCAUCUAUAGAAAAUCUGUAGCUCUGUAAUGUGAGCUUGACUUCCCUCUUGUGGUCAAAGGUUCAAGUGUUAACCAGCAGCCAUACUAGGUUUGCUGAAUAGAACUUCAGAAAAAAGGCCAAAUAUUUUUUAAACCGAUGUGGAACAACAUUUCCUUUGGUCUGUUUAAAAGAAUGAUUUAUUUCCACCAGUUUCCUUUUCAAGCCUCAUGAUCCCUUUGGUAAUUUGUGUGUCAUUUGAGCUUAUUUGUGUUUUGAACCAGAAAACCAGAGUCGGGUAUGCACUUUUUAGCAGGCAGAAUCUGUAAACCUGUGUUGGUUUUGUAGAUCUGUGUGAAAUAUUUUAGUGGAGUAUUAAUGUGUAAAUGGCUUCUGUUGUCUGACUCCAAGCUGUUGUAGAAAUCCUUUUCCUGUGUAGUCUUCAAAAUGCGUCACAAUUUCGCUUGCAUGUCUGGUUGAGUGUACAUACUUGUUGAACUCUAUUCAUAUGUAAAUCUUGUAGAAGAUGUCAUUUUAAGAGUCCAGACUGCAACUUUGUACAUAUGUUUUGUAAAAGAUAUGAAAUUCAGUGCUACAAUUUUAAAGAGAUUCUUAGAUAUUUAUGAAGUGUCUUGUACAUGUUUCUUUUGUUUCUCUUAUUGGUAGAGAAUAAAAGUAAAGCGCAGUUUGUGAACCUA